UAUACGGGACCCACACUGACUGGGAUCACACGUUGGCGUUGGUGCCGUUCUUCGAAGUAUAUAUCUCAAUGAAAUAGCAACAGAAAGCAAUGGCAAGCCAAGAACGCGUCUCAACGACCGAACGAGUGAUCACUUCCAUUCCUUUUCCUCCUCGCCGUCGUUUGACGAUGGACGAGGUGUACGACAGUAGCGGGCGACCCCAACAUGACGUUUUGCGUCAACAUUUCAUAAACGAGGGAAGAGUCGAGAUUGACGUAGCGCGACGCAUCGUACACGAGGGCACCGACCUGCUGCGGCAAGAGGACACGAUGUUGGAGGUCGAGGCGCCAGUUACAGUGUGUGGCGAUAUCCACGGCCAGUUCUUCGAUCUAAUGAAGCUGUUUGAAGUAGGAGGGAUGCCAGAGACGACGACGUAUCUCUUUUUAGGAGAUUACGUAGAUAGAGGCUACUUCUCGAUAGAGUGUGUACUCUAUUUGUGGGUAUUGAAGAAGCUCUUUCCAAAGACGGUUUAUUUGUUACGUGGCAAUCAUGAGUGUCGACACUUAACUGAAUAUUUCACUUUUAAGCAAGAAUGCAAAAUCAAAUAUGAUGAAGAUGUGUAUGAUGACUGUAUGGACUCUUUUGAUUGUUUGCCUCUUGCUGCAUUGAUGAAUGGUCAGUUCCUGUGUGUUCAUGGUGGACUAUCACCAGAGGUACAUACACUGGAUGAUAUUCGAAGGUUGGAUCGUUUCAGAGAGCCUCCUGCAUUUGGUGCUAUGUGUGAUCUUUUGUGGUCCGAUCCAUUGGAAGAAUUCGGCAAUGAGAGAACACCUGAACAUUUUAGUCACAACAGUGUUCGUGGCUGCUCGUACUUCUACAGUUACAUUGCUGUAUGCGAGUUUCUGCAGCAGAACAAUCUGUUGUCUCUUAUAAGAGCCCACGAGGCACAAGAUGCAGGAUAUCGAAUGUACAAAAAGAGUCAAGCAACAGGGUUUCCUUCUCUCAUUACUAUCUUUUCUGCUCCUAACUACCUGGAUGUUUAUAACAACAAAGCUGCUGUUCUUAAGUAUGAGAACAAUGUGAUGAACAUUCGACAGUUUAACUGCUCUCCUCAUCCUUACUGGUUGCCGAACUUUAUGGAUGUGUUCACUUGGUCUCUACCUUUUGUAGGAGAAAAAGUAACCGAAAUGUUGGUAAAUAUUUUGAAUAUUUGUACUGACGAAGAACUAGACGAAGAGGAACAAGACAAAUCGACGGCGUCAGCGUUGACGCCACAACGGAAAGAAGUCAUCAGAAACAAGAUACGAGCAAUUGGACGGAUGGCACGAGUUUUCACAGUACUGAGAGAGAACAGUGAGACUGUUGUGCAGUUGAAGGGUCUUACUCCGUCCGGUAGUCUUCCCUUUGGCACUUUGGCAGGUGGUAGUGAUAGCCUACAGUCCGCUCUGCAGCAGACGCGCAUGCCGCACCAAAAGAUCAAAGGUUUUGAGGACGCCAAACGACUCGACCGCGACAACGAACGCAUGCCACCACGACGAGAUUCUAUACCAACUCUUCACACUACAGAAGCACCGUAGACUAUCGAUCAAUGACCUCAAACAGUAAAUUUGGGAAAUGAAGUCACUGGCCUGUGGGCAUUUUAUUACGUUAUCUGAUUCUCCAUUUUGUAGUUAGUCUGUUCCGUCUGUAACAACUAGUGGUUGGACCUACCGGUUGAGUGACUGUCGUGGCCCUGUUUCUUUCGAGGAGGAAUUUGGGUUGGUAUUACGGGAUACAAGAAUUAUGUGCUGCUAUGCGUCUUGGUACUCAAUAUAAGGGGAAAUAAUGACA